AUGGUGGACUAUUUCGAUCUAAAGAAAUUCAGUGAUGAUGUCUACUCAUACAGCGGCAAAAAGAUGGCCGACGGUCCCGCUGAGAACAUCACUUUUGGAGGGCUGGUUUUAGCGCAGGCGCUUUGUGCCGCUGAAAAGACGGUUACCGAGAAAUAUCGGCCCCACACGGCUCAUACGUAUUUUGCUAGGGCUGUGGAUUCCCGUCUUCCAAUCGAAUACCAUAUCCGGAGGCCAAAAGACGGUGGCCUGGUAUGCAUCCGUGACGCCGACUGUAUUCAGAAGGGCCACAUCGCCGCCACUUUCCACUUUGCGUUCCAUUCGGUGACGGAUAAGAUCGACGACUCUGGAGUGUCUAUCCUGGAGCCUAUGCCAGACGCCCCGUCCCCGGAUGAUUGUAUUUCUAAGAAACAGAUGUCGCUCAAGAUUUUGGAGGAGGCCAAUAACGGAAACUUGACCGUGCCGAAGGGGUUGGAAGCGGCGUUGUUGAGCACGGCUCGGCAUAAGCAGGAGCAAUUGCUAUUCCAGUGGCGAUCCUGUGAUGCGAACGAAGUUGUCGGACUCUACGAGCCGACUGUCAACAACACGAUUCGGAUGUGGUCCAAGACGCUGCCGAGCCCCAAGAAAUUAUCCCCAAAGGAGCACCUCUACAUGCUCGGCUUUGCGAUUGACGCAGCGUUUCCGAUCGUUGCGAUGACGCCCUAUUUUUUAAAAGACCGCGAAUUCACCGCUUUCGGAUCCCUCGACCUAACCGUCCGAUACCACAAGCUGGACGUGAAUGUGGACGAGUGGCAUUUGAUUGAGUGCAGGAUGGUUCGAGCAGGCGAUUUUGCGGUGGUGAUGGAGGGGAGGGUGUGGAAUCAAAAAGGAGAACACGUCGCUACGACUAAUCAGGAGAUCUUCACGAGGACGAGGAAGGCGAAUCUA